AGCGAUUCCGUUCUAAUAGCAAAAAAUUUAUUACGUUUUAAAAUUAAAAAGAAUUUUUUUCGUUUUUUUCCUUAGCAUGAAAUCUUUGUCCUCUUCAUUUUGUACGUACUUUCAUUGCGUAAAAGAAAUUCUUGGAAUUCUACAAAGUCAGUUAAAAAAUAUUUUCUAAUAAAAAAAUGUUGAUAAAUUUACUUUAGGAUCUCUUUAAGAUUAAUAAGUUUAGAAAACAUAUUUGAUUAAAAUGGAUUAAAAUUAACACUGUAAUGAAAGCCUUAAAUCAUUUAUUUUGAAACGCAUUCUACCGUAUAAAUAGUAAAGGAUUAUGCACAACAAAUAGAAUAUGGAACAGAGAAUAAGGAACAAAUCAAUAUGUUGAAUGAUGGAUGUAUUAUCUUUCUUUAUUUAACGUUCCAUUUCUCAUUCUCUGUUCUCUAUUCUAUUUGUUGUACACAGCCUCAUUUUCAAUGAUAUGUAGUUUUAAGGGAAAAUCAAUUAUGAUCUUGACACCUACAAACUUCAAAAUAUCAUUAUUUGAAAAUUCUAUGUGCAAUAUGGAUUAUCAUUACACAAGAUAGUCGACGAGUUUUGUAUUUUAUUGAUUGAUCAAUUGUACACACACACAAAUGUAACACUGGUUUGUAAAAGCUGUAUUUGCACAUAAUACAAUCAAUUGAUCAAUGAAUUAAAAAUUUAUGUAAUUUUUAGAUCUUAAGGCUCAAACUCUUUCGUGAUGCAAUAUUGACGUUAAGGGUGAGAAAUGACAGGCAAUAAAUGUUACAUACAGUGCAUUUUGUAAUUUUUCCUUAAAAAUAUAAUAAUUUUGUAAUUCUGAAAUCUGUAAAACAUGUGAUGAACUGAAAUAUCUAUCUGAUGUGUCACAUAGAAGUAUAAAAUAAUUCUUGAAAUAAUGGUUGCGUUCACACAGAGCGAACACAACAGUUGAGUGCAUGCUUAGUAACUUGCUUGUGAUUGGAAUAGACCUUCCAUCAUAAAUCUAGGAUAAUAUCACAGAUAUCUAUAGAUAGAUAUCUGUGGAUAAUAUACAAAUAGUAGCAAAUGCUCACUCAAUUGUGUUUGCUGAAUGUAACCAGUGAUACUAUUUUUCAGUUAUCACAGUGAAAAUCUAUCACAGUAAUUUUAGUAGCUGAGAAAUGUACAUUUCAAAAAAUAUUUUACAUUUCUACAUAACAUAUUGGAUAGAUGUCACAGUUUACCGCUUGUUUUAUAAGUUUCACAGGAUUAUGAAAUUCUAUUUUUAAAGGAAAACUAAGAAAUACAACUGUAAAUAGCAAAUAAUUUAUUUCAUCAUUUUUCGUUUCUGAUUUCAUAUAAAUAACAUCGCACCAAAAGGGAACCAAACCUUAAAUAAAUAAAAAACGCAUCGAACGUUGAAUUGCCAAUUUGCGUGACAGCGGAACGUCAUUAGCAUCUCAUUAAAGUUCGAUGGACGAAAUAUCGCCUAAGAGUACGCGUUUCAUCCCCUCCCUUUCUAAUUAAUGCCGUACUGAAAAUUCACACGUAUCGGACGCGUCAUCGUCGUCGUCGUCGGCGUCGUCGUCGGCGUCGGCGACGAUGGUACAAUAAACUCGGAAGCGCGUUUACAUUCCGUAACGGCUACACAGUUGAUCGCGACGAUUUGCGGUCACGUAUGGCAGAGAAAUAUGGAUCGGCCAGAGGGGGCCGGAAAGGCGUGCAGGAAGCGCUACUGUCAGUUGGAUUGGUGUUUCGUAGCAACGCGCCGUACGAUCAUUCGAAAAGGAAGGACCACCUCUGUUCACCAUAUUUGGCAAACUUUUCCUAAUAUGGUAACGUCUACUUCUAAAUAUGGCAGCCGGGGACGCCCUCUCAGCGCGCGAUGUACCAUUCCGCGGUCGCAUUCGUGGCUGAAUAUCGGCCGAACGGAGAUGCGUGCGAACGAUCUGUCGAUUAAACGCGAGAGUGUGAAAGCCGGGCAAUUUUUCGACGUUGAUUUCGGCACGGAUCGCCGUCCAGUUGCGGCCACGGCGCAACAGCGGACUAGUUUUUCAUGGCGUGGUCGCGUAACGUUGGCGGAGGGAGGGGGGGGAACGUUGGACCGCGCAGCGCAGCGACACGCGGUAGCAUCGCCGCCGCUGCCGCCACCACCGUAGCCGCCGUGGUUAGGCACGUAGGUCAAGUUACGAUACUCCGCUUCGCGCAUUCAGUUCGCAGGGAGCGCUCGUACGGUGCGUGUCGUUGUCCCAUGUUUCUCUAGAUGAUCGAUCACGUGGUGAACCCUGCGCCGAGUUCUGCACGCGAUUUCGUCGCGAAGACGCGCCGUCGUCGUGGGGAAGGGAUUAAAUGUGCGCGCCGACGCCGUGAUGGACAACCCUAGCGGCGGAAGAGACGGUCGGUACGCGAGUCUCGGCUACAGCAUGGGAAUGAUGGGGAGCGAUGCUGGCACGGAAAUCUACGGCCGACCGUCCACCUCUCAGCUUGCGGCGGCAGCGGCAGCGGCGGCGGCGGCGGCUUCUCAGAUAGGCCGCGGCGGCGGCGGCGCCACCAUGAUGUCACCCGCGGGCGCCGCGACGCCAGGCGUCGGCUCCGUUCAGCGGGGCAUCAAGCGCACCACCUCCGACGUCUGCUACGGCGACGACGGUAACAAUCCGGCGGCGCGGCAGCAGUCACUCUCGCAGGGUAUGUCCACCGGCGGCGGCAUGCCCGGCGACUGCGUGCCUGACAAUCUCGACGAAUCCUUCACGAGUUUGGGCCAGCCGAAAAAAUCACCUCCCUCGAACGGCAAGAAGACCAAAGGCCGGGUUAAGAUUAAGAUGGAGUACAUUGACAAUAAGCUCAGAAGGUACACCACGUUCUCCAAGAGGAAAACUGGCAUUAUGAAGAAGGCAUACGAAUUAUCGACGCUGACUGGUACGCAGGUGAUGUUAUUAGUGGCGAGCGAGACUGGCCACGUAUACACGUUCGCGACGCGUAAACUGCAACCGAUGAUCACGAGCGAUGCCGGCAAGGCGCUGAUCCAGACCUGUCUUAACAGUCCGGAUCCGCCGCCAUCGGGCUCAUCGGGCGACCAGAGGAUGUCAGCCACUGGCUUCGAGGAGACCGAGCUGACGUACAACAUCGCCGACGACGAGCAGAAAGUAAGGCAACUGGUGUACGGCUCGCCGCACGGUGGCUCGCUGCACGCCGGUUAUCCUGGUACCGGGCCCGGUAGCGGGCCAGCGGGCGGCCCGACCGCGGGGGCCCAUCCGCCGCCACCGCCACCGCUGCCACCGGGCUCGCAGCACGCGCCGUCCUCGCACGCGCAGCACGCGCACCUCAUAGCGCAUGCACACGCGGCCGCCGCCGCCUCUCCGAGCUCGCAUCUUGUGCCGUGCUCGAGCCCUGGCCCGAUGCUCGCCGGAGGCUCAUACCAGCAAUCAUGUCCCUCGCCUCUGCCGCCCCAUCAUGCUGCCUACCAUCCCCAUAUGUCGCACUCGCACCCCCAACGGUAGUACGCGCUCGCCGCUCGUCGGUCUUUCAUG